GUCUCACCAAAACAUCCAUACGACAUCGAAGUAUGACUCAAAUCCGAGUUCCAUUCAAACUCAAGUUCUAGAUGAAAGUACUCAUAUGAGUCGUAAGGAGAGUAAUUGGCGCCAAACACGAUCUUGAAUUGUACCACAACUUGCCGAACGCUAAAACACUAUAUGCGGGUCUCAUCACUUCAAAACGCGUAACGAAGUACCACACAAGAUUAAGCUACAUUGAUUUGACCUCUUAAGAAGCUCGGUAAAUCCAACACUAGUAGGUUUGCAUGUGGUUAACUAACAACUACUUUGGUGUUUCUGUUUGUUCCUCAGGAGAGGAUUGAUAUAUUCGCUUCAUACGUUCCCUGAUUCACACUAUUCGUUGGCGAACUCAGAAAAUUCGCGAAGACACUCACAAACUACGCGUAUCUUGAACGGACGUGCUCAACAAGAUGUAUAUUGACCUGAAUGUUCCUGUCCUGCCAAUCCAAGGACAACCGAUCACGCAGUCGAAGAAAGGGAAGGGAAAACAACCACAGACUCAACCUACAUCCACCAUCGCUUUUACUCCUGCUCAGGUGUCCGCGAUCGAAGCACGAAUUGACCUGCUUCUACAUUUAGGAUACACUGUGAUUGCAUUCAAUCAGACAGUACAAAAGAAGAUUGAUCCCAAAAUGCAUGUCAACGUCCUCGACCCUCUCCUGUCACAGCUGCGUAAAAGGUCCGGUAUUGCAUAUUUGAAAAGGCUUACGAUCGUCCUAGACGAGGAAAGUGAAAAGGGCUUUGGUCUUACUACAAGCAGUGCCGCUCUCGUUGCUCCAUAUGACAUCUUGGCACUAACGCCAACAACUGCGACGACCUUCUCUCUCGCCUGCCUCACGCACACCCAACCCUCAAACCUGACCACCCAUAUAAUUUCCUUACCCCUCACGCUACCCCGCCUUCCAUUCAAUCUAAAGCACACUCUCAUCCGUUCAGCAAUCAAGAAUGGGGCUGUCUUUGAGAUUACAUAUGCAGGUGCCCUUGGUGGAGAAGCCGAUCCCAGCCUUGGUGUCGCGGGGACGGAGAGCGGUUCCUCGGCGAAACGAAAUUGGUGGGCAGCAGCUCGCGAGGUUAUUCGUGUAACAAAAGGCAAAGGUAUCAUUGUAAGCAGUGGUGCCAUGAACCAGGCCGAUUUGAGAGCACCGAGGGAUGUGGGAAAUCUCUUAACUUUCCUCAGCUUGGCGCAGAACUUAGCUCAUGAUUCCUCAACCAAAACUCCUCAAGCUCUGAUCUUGCGAGCUCAAACACGCAAGACAUAUCGUGCCAUUCUCUCCGAGCCAAAGCUGGUGAUUCCUGAGCACUUGACCCAAGCACCGUCGGAGCAAGAUGAAGCGGUGGAAAAUCAGCAACAAGCUGAGACUACAGGGUUGGUCGCAUCAGCACUCACAGGUCAAGAGCAACCUGUCCCGACUCAAACAGAAGCUGCCAAGCCGAACACGAAGAAACGGACGUUGGAAGAGGCGCAGGAAAACGAGGAACGUACUCCUGCGUCGGCAGAAAAGGACGGUGCUGCAAGGAAGAGGAAGAAAAAGAAGAGUAAAGGUGCUGCGGAAAGAAGCUAGAGCAUGUGCGACUGCUCAGUUUGUUGGUUUUGUGCAGUCGCCGGUCCCUUUGUGCAGCUCACAAACCUUGGCUCCAAGGUUACAAAAAUGAUUUUAGCUGUGUUUACGUUGUCGCUUUCGCUUUGCUUUGACAUUUCGCACGCGAAGUCGGCCACUCUGUUUAAUCAUUGGUCGUGCCUACCAAGACCACCUGAAUCUCGGGCAACUACAGCAUUGCACUCAGGGCGAUGUCAUGACAACAAUGACUUCGUGAUAUGUCGUACGGACGGACUAGUUCUGUUGUUCUUCGAAUUAUAUGAGUACAUGUGCUACUCGUUUCUCUUCGUC